AAAGCUGUUAUUACAUGCCGAUUGUUGUGACCGCAUGGACAUUUUAAGGACAGAAAUAAGUGCCUAACAGAAAGGAAGAGUGUAAGUUACAUAUGAUGUUGCAGGUAAAGGUGAGCCAAAUUCUGGAUGGAACCUCCACUCUCCGUCAAGGGUGUCAAGAAAGCGUCCACGGGAAGUAGAAGGUUCUAACUGCCUGCGAAACAUUACUCUACCCAUACAAAUGUCCAUCUGCAAGCCAGAACCAUUUAGUGAUGAGCCUGAGGCAGCUGCUAAACGUGAACGCUGUGAUUAUAGCCAGCGUGUUUCUUUCCACAUGGCAAAAUCUGCAAAUGUUGGUCGACCAAUAAGGGUGUAUGCUGAUGGAAUAUAUGAUCUGUUUCACCAAGGUCAUGCCCGUCAGCUGCAGGAAAAAUCCUUAUUUCCAAACGUUUACCUUAUUGUACGAGUCUGCAGUGAUGCACUCACUCACAGCAAGAAAGGUCGCACAGUAAUGACAGAGUCUGAACGUUAUGGAGCUGUUCGUCAUUGUUGCUAUGUAGAUGAAGUUGUUAGAGAUGCACCUUGGGAACUUGAUGAUGACUUCCUUGCGUUUCACAAGAUUGAUUUUGUGGCACAUGAUGAGAUACCUUAUAUGACAGAAGAUGGCACCGAUGUAUAUGCACGACUAAAAGAAAAAGGGAUGUUUGCUGCCACGGAACGGACAGAAGGAGUUUUCAAAUCGGAUGUAGUGGCAAGAAUAGUGCGAGAAUGAUAUUCUGCAAAGGAGUUAAAUGCUUCUUUCCUGAAUGAGAAAAAGUUCCGCUUGCACAACAAAAUGGUUGAACUAAAAGAUAAAGGAAAGCGUGUAAUGAAGAAUAUUGGAGAGAAGAAGGUAGGUAUGUUACAGAAGUGGGAAGAAAAAUCACGUAAAUUCAUUGAUACGUGCCUCCUGCUGUUUGGGCGGGAUGGCCCCUUCUCACAAAUAUGGAAUGAAGGGAAAGGGCGUCUGAUGCAAGCUCUAUCGCCUCCAGCCAGUCCUCGGCGCGAUGGCUCACCCACGUCAUCUACCAGUAAUGAUGUUGGUGAAAGCACAAGCAGCCCCCCACCACCAAAAGCUGGUCGCUAUGACUUCUCCCCCAACUCUUCAGCACAACAGUUUGCUGCCGGCCAGGUACAUGCAGCAGGCCACCGUGUUCUUGCUUGCCCCCUGAUGACACGGCAACAUAAUAACAGCAAAGCCUUCCAGGUAGUCACCUCGAAGCUUAAUGUUCCACCCUUCACACGUGGCUCUCCUCCUGUUUAG